UCGCCCCUUGUGGCUAGCGGCCACUGCCCUCCUGGCUGAAGAAGAAGAAGGAGGAGGAGGAGGCCGUGCGUGCUGUGCGUGCUAGCGUUUCAUUGUAGUGGUUCUGUCGUUCGAUUGUGGUUUCCGGAUACCACAGUGGAAGGAGAAUGGCAGAAACGCAACGAAAAGAUGAAGUUCACGAGCUUCAACCCGGAAGUUCAGAAGAUGCUGGACAAGUUCAGCAAGAGGCUUCAAGCAGGAAGGAUGUGUCGGGCAUUCGAGGACCACAAGGCUCUGAAGCUAUAGGGUGGCCUCAAAGUGCAGAAAGCGCACCAGGUCCAGGAGCACAAGGAUCGAAAGGAAUCGUAAUGGCUGAAGAGUCCCCAAGAACACCCAAGAUAGCAGGUGGACUACGACCACAAGGUACCGAAGAACCACGAGAGGCUUCAUGUGCCGAAAGGAUACAGAAUGCGCGAGGGUCACAAGAACUACAGGGCGCGGAGGAGCCACGACGGGACUUAAGUGCGCCUGGGGUGCCAGGAACAAAAGAGGCUGUGGGGUCACCGACGGGACUUGAGCUAGCACCGGCGCCGUCGGCUACUACUCUUAAUUCUGAUGUCGUGCCCAUAAAGACUUCGCCCCGCCCCGCCUUGGAGGAUGUUCCAUCUGUUACGGUGCCUGAGGUACGAGAACUGAGGUACGUCACUAUCUUUACAUCCGUGUUGAUCCUGGUGGCCGCCAUCUACGGUCUCCUAGUGGCCCUUGACCUGUUAAGCGCAUCAUUCAAGCUGAUUGGAGGCCGCACGGCGGGACGUGCUCUGUCAGAUUCCCAGCUCCUCAAGAACCCUAUCGUGGGUCUCAUGACCGGCGUCCUGGUGACUGUACUAAUACAGAGCUCAUCGUCUUCCACAUCACUUACGGUCUCUAUGGUUGGCUCUAACUUGCUCUCUGUGCGUCAUGCCGUUCCUAUCAUCAUGGGAGCCAAUGUGGGCACGUCCGUAACCAACACCAUGGUGUCUCUGAUGCACGUGAAGAGGCGAGACGAGUUUUGCCGGGGCUUUGCCGCAGCUACAGUUCAUGAUAUAUUCAACUGGCUCACAGUCAUCGUCAUCCUGCCGUGCGAAGUGGCUUUCCAUGUGUUGGAAGUCAUCUCGGCCAAGUUCUUGCUGCUCAUAGCAGACAAGGGUGGCGUGCAGAAGGCAGAAUUUUUGUCAGUCCUCACCAAGCCGCUGGUCAAGCUGAUCGUGCGGAUUGACAAGAAGACUCUUGAACUGAUCGCUUUGGGAGAUCCAGCAGCAAAUAACAGAACCAUCCUUUUGGAGUGCUGCAAGAAAAAUGGAACAGAGUGCUUACAGAAAUGCAUGUCCUUGUUCAAUCUGCUUGCCCUGGGCGACACUGCAACUGGAAUCCUGUGCUUUCUGCUCUCUGUAACGAGCAUCCUCCUCGCCUUCUACUUCAUAGUCAAGGUGCUGACGAAAUUGACGCGCUCGCCAUUGGUACGCGUCCUCACUCAGUUCAUCAACAAGGACUUCGCGUUUCCUAUGUCUAUGCUGGUGGGCUACCUGAGCAUCGCUCUCGGCUGUGGCAUCACUUUCAUCUUCCAGAGCAGUUCGGCCUUCACAUCCGCCCUGCUACCAUUCGCUGCCCUGGGCUUGCUGGACAUAACGAGGGUGUAUCCGCUCACGCUGGGCUCGAACGUCGGCACGACGGCAACGGGUUUGAUAGCCGCAAUGGCAGGGUCGCCAGUCCACCGGCAGGAUGCUAUUCAGAUAGCACUGUGUCACACUUUCUUCAACGUCAUCGGCAUCCUCAUAUUCUACCCUCUGCCAUGUCUCAGGGUUCCAAUCUUCCUGGCGAGGCGCAUGGGGAGCACGAGUGGACGUUACCGGUGGUUCGUGCUCCUCUACUUGUUGCUCAUGUUCCUCGUGUUCCCUAUCACGGUACUCCUCAUUUCUUUGCUCGGAGACGUCGUCCUGGUACUCACAAUGGUCACUGCCAUCUCGCUAUUUUGCCUGGUUCUACUCAUCAAUGUACUCCAGGACAAAUAUCCGUGGGUGCUUCCAUCAGUACUGCGCACGUGGGAUUUCCUUCCACUAUGGAUGCGAUCCCUCCGUCCAAUGGACAAAUUCUUCACCGCCCACUUGGAGAACGUCAAGUGCCUGCAGAUGUUUCUCAAUGAAUGCUCCUACAUAACCUGAGUCCUAUAGCUGCAACCCGAAGUAUCAUCAAUAGAAUCAAUUGAAUCGUAUCACCGUGUAUUCGUCAGUGAUACCAGCACCAGUUGUCCAUAUUCCACUAAUUGUUCCUGUAGUCCUAAGAAUAUACUGUGCCUUUGUUCGUG